AUGGCAUCGCGUACAAAUUUUCACCAAUUCCCCAGUACGUUCAAGGAUUGCCCAAUCCAGGUCAUUGUUGGCCCUCAGAAAACUGUCUACUACGUUCAUCCUGGAGUCCUUUCGUCGUGCGGCUCACCGGUAUUGAAAGCUCGUGUCAACGACCAGUGGAUCAAGAAUGGUACGAGUGGGGCUAUUGAUUGGACGGAAUUCGAUGAGGAAACCGUUGAAUGCGCUCUGAGCUAUCUAUACAUUGAGGAUUAUGACGUGCGCGAUCGAACAUUUGUUGGUGCACAAAUUGAAGAGAGAAACGACAAUGAUCAGAUUGCACAAGCAGCCUUCCUCUCUACCAAAGCGGGGUCAUCGGUGCCUGACUCCAAAAUCUUAAACGAAGCGCUUUCGGAACGACCGCUAACACCUUUGAGUCGGUGUUUGCAAGUUGGUUUGCCAGCAGAGACUAUGCAAACAGCCGCAGCAGCGUUCAUGAAGGAACCUAGUGCUUGUGAUGAGGGCCUUGGUGACAUCGCUCUUAUGCACGGCAAGCUUUACUGCUUUGCACACCAGUUUUUGUUCUCCAGACUCGAGAACCUGGCUUUACAGCGCCUGACGCAGCUUCUUCUCAAAUGCGAUACACCAACGGAUCCAUUUUUCCUGGGUCUUGCAGAUGCCAUACGCCUCGUGUACGGCGCAACACCAAAAUCAAAACCGAAUGAUCCAGCUCGGGAAUUACUUUCUCAAUAUGUGGCACUGAAAUACACCAUACUACCAGAGUCGAGUAUGAGAGCCUUGAUAGCAGAAGGGGGUGAUUUUAUGAUUGAUGUCACCUGCAAACUAGCAAGGAGGAUAUCGAUAAGUGGAACAUCGACUCAAUCUUUGGAAGGUCUUAUUGAUGAGCUGGAAAUGAGUGUUUCCAGGCUAGAGCAGCAUACUGAGAAUCAAGCUUGUUUGCUCAAGCGGGCAGAGGAAGAAAUCCUGGAAUGGGAGAGCUGGAACCGAGGGAUUUCAGCAAAGCACAAGAAAGCGAAAAGGAUGGUGGCACCGUUUGAAUUCAGUACGACUCUUGAACAUUCGGCUUAA